AUGUUCAAAGAAGUCGACCUGCGCAAGGAGCGAGCGUACGCUCUAUUCAUAAGCAUACUCAACCGGUCGCCUGGGAUCGCAGACUAUGUUACCAGUCUGUGUCUGGGAAAGCCGCCCGCGCGGUUCGUGUUGGAAGACCUGCUCCGCGUCUUGACGGAGCUGCAGAACGUCACGGAUCUUAUGCUCGUGGGUUGGAGCGCGUUCGACAUCGGGCUUGACACGCGCGUCUUCCAGCGGCGCUUCUCCAACAUCAAGUCACUCUUCCUAGCAAAUAUCGAGAUCGACGAGAUCGACUUCUUGUUACUCUUCCACGCGAUGCCAUCUCUAGAGCACCUGACCCUAUGCACCGUGAAAGUCCUGCCGGCUCCCGAGGAGUACGCUGACCAGCUCCCUGUGGCAAGGUCUAAUUCGAUGCACGAACUGCAUGACAUGAUAUUUGUCCACGUGUCUUCCCCCCCUAUGCGCAUUGUUCCGAUACUCGUCAAGGCCCCACUGCAGCUACGUCCCAGAAAGCUUCAGCUCGUGCUCAACCCGAAGGCGGAAGAGUCCGUCGAGGACGCGCAAGAUCUCCUCCGCGAAGCUGGGCCGUCGCUAGAGCACCUAGCGAUGACUGCGAUGCAGUGCGAGCCCCGCGUAUCCGCCAUAUCCUUUGCCGACAACACCGAGCUCCGCGUUCUGCAAUUGAAGGACAUCGCGCUCGGAAUGCUGGACGAGACAGCUUUGGUGAGGCGCAUGCCUUUAGACUGGAUUCCAAGCACGCUCGCACAGGUUCUCCCGCUGCAUACACGUCUACAAAAGAUUCAGCUCCUCCUUCGCAUGGUCCAUUGGCAGGACUGGACCGAUACGGGCGAGUAUCAAUCGCGGCUCGACUGGUCAAGGAUGGAUGCCGAACUGGCCCGCAUUGCCGAUGAACACCCGGACGUGGAGAUCUCAAUCUGCGUACGCCGCCCCGAAGAGCUCGAGGUGUGGUAUUACAAGAUGGAAGACCUAAUCUUGGACUACCUUCCACGACUCACCAAAAACAAGUGCCGAUUGGGCAUAAUAUGUUUCCAGAACAUGUCUGGGAAUGGCUACCUGGGCGGAGGGAUCAGUGGCCGGACCUACGACAACUGGUACUAUUGUCCGUUGCCAGACAGCGGAUUUCAUGACUCGGAUCAUGUGUAUUCUGCUGACCUGUACGAAGAUGAUGAGGGUGUCGCACUACACUAG